AUGGGACAGUCUUUAUCGAAUUUGCGUCGCCAGCGUAGCGCAAGCACCCUCAGGAACCUCGCACCUCGUCCAACCCUACCCACGCAACAACCAAGCCUCUCUAUUGCAACCUUGACUAGCGCGUUGCACAAUGUGGCCUUGCACCUUCAUUCUCGACAUAAUAACCUCACCUCGAUUGUCGUCGGAGGGGUAGUGAAUACCCUCUUGAUAAGAAGCCGUUCCCACACCAGUGAUGUUGAUUUUUUCAACGACAAUUUGACGGCGAACGAAAUAAAGAUUUUGAUGCAGGCAACAAAAGCGGCGAUGAAGAAGGACACGUCCUUGGGAGACCAGUGGCUCAGUAAUCAUACCGUCCUUUUUAUCCCACUAAAUCUACGUCGCAUUUUGACAUCCCAGUCCGUGAACCAAAAUGAGAUAGUCUUCCGUGCUCCAGGCCUUACCAUUCUCGCAGCGCCGUGGGAGUACCAACUCUGCACGAAGCUUGAUAGGCUUUCGAAUUCCGGAAAACUCAACAACACGCACCCCUACGACGAAGAGGAUGCCUUGCAUUAUCUAGCCCGAUAUCUGGAUCGAAACUCUAUUGACGUUUUGCAGAAAUCGAAGAUCCAAUGCUGGUUCCGUGACUACUCUUUGAUUUGGCAUCUGGGAACGGAUGAGAUCCUUCAACAUAUCAAUAUAGUUUACAGGGAUCGAUUUUCCAUCCAUCAUAAUGUGAUAGAUCUGACAAAUUGA